AUGCCUUUCGUCAGUCUUGCACAUCGAACAGCUCCAACACUUCCAUUUCAACAACCAUUUUCAUUACAUCGAACAGUUUCUCGUUUUCAAAAUCGUCAACGUCCACGAGUUACACCAAAAAUUUUACAUAUUCUUCAACCACCAGCAUUUUUAAAACAAUCUGAUUUUAUAUAUGAAGAUGGAAAAGAACAGCAAACAGAAAUAAUUCAAACACAAUCAACUGUUUUGGAUAGUGAACAAGAAAAAAAAUUGACACAACCAAUAAUUGCUCGAAUACCAAAAUUUGCUCCACAACAAAAUUAUCCAACACAACCAUUAUCACGUACAUCUGGACGAGCUAAUCGACGUGCUGAACCAAAAUAUCCCCCACAUUAUUUUUGUAUUCGAUAA